AUGUCCUCACCUCCAGCCCUCCUGGAAACGAUCAACACAGAAAGGGACAGCGAUCCAUGCCAAAACACUCGUUGCACAUAUUACCUCCCGCCACGAAACAACCCACAGCCCAUCCUCCCCCCACUGCCGCAACAGUCUGCCCCAUUGGCACGCUCUUCGUCGCCUCGCCACCACGCGUCUUCGCAUUCAUCCGCAACAAGGCCGCUGCGGGCGGGAAACGUACCUGCAUUAUUAAACUCUCCGUCGACUCCCCGGCGCCAACGACAGCAAUCACCGUCGUCCUACCGACCUUCCUUCCGCCGCAUCACCACCCGCGUCAUCGCACCCACUCACUGGGGCGAAGACACGGCAAUUCGCAGCGACAACGACCAACGCGGCAACGACAGCGACGACCUGUUUCUGAGCACAUUCGCCGACAACGACUUUUCCUCCCCGUCCACCUACCCUCCAUUCACGUCAAAUCCGGCCGCCAGCGAGGCACCACAACCAGACCAGGCUGCAUUUCAGCCUCAGCCCACGGCUCUCACCACCAACCCCGGCUCAGAGGCGGCUCCCCUCCACCAAGUGUCAGCCUGCAAUCGGACCUUUGCGGCACCUUCACGCUCUGCAACGCAGCUCAGUUCUUCGGGCCUCGAAGAAUCACAGAGCACUUCGCUCACCACAGACGACGGCGAGGACUCAUCUCCAUCACAAAGCGCCUAUCCCUCCUUCUCGGACAAGAUGCCGCCGCCCCCACCUCGAUUUCAGCAUAUCCUCAACGAUACCGACUCGCCCUCAAUCAAUAAACGCAUGAGGACGUCUCAGCAGGGUGCCGGUGCCGCAAACCGUGCUUCCGUGGGCUCCUUGGCCAUGCCGUCAGCACCCUUGGACGACGACGACGACGACUACGACUUGUUUGGAGAGGAUCUCACCAGGCAGGGCUCAGAAAUAGUCGACGGCGAGGAGCUCACGACGAUAGACCUGACCGAGGCCAACAAGGUUCCGGAAGAAUUGAAGCAGCCGCAACAGGAUAAUCGCAUCAAAAUGUCCAAGUUCCAGUGUGUCAUCUGCAUGGACGACGUCACGACCCUCACCGUCACCCACUGCGGCAAGUCUCCCCCCCCUUGA